AAGUAAACUUCUUGUUCGGUAUAAAUUAAGGAAAUGGAAAUUGCAGGUCGCAUUUGUAAUAAACACUUUUAAUUAACCAAAAUUUGAUACGUUGUAGAAUUUGUCAGGUUUAUUACCAUGGCGCGUUCGCUGACAAUGGCGUUAGUCGCUAUAAGUGUGUUAUUAGCAGGAUCAGUUUUACAAGUGGCAGCUUCAGAUGAUCUCACCCAGCGCAUUAUCGGUGGUCAUAUAACCGAUAUCGAAGACGCUCCCUGGAUGGCUGCGUUAUGGACGGCGAACAAAGAUGGAAAUACGUCUUUUUGCGGAGGAUCCAUCAUCCACGAACAGUUUAUCUUGACUGCUGCGCAUUGCUUCCGGUUAGUUAUUUUGAAUAUACAUUAUAAAUUUAAAAAAUAUUACAGAAAUGCCGAAGAACCUUUAAACACGUGGGGCUACAUUGGUUUAUCAAACUUGUUUGACGAAGAAGGAGUGUUCAUUAAACCCGAGCAAAAAUUUUGCCAUGACGAGUUUCAGUUCCCUAGCCAUGCCAACGACAUAUGUUUGCUGAAACUGAAGGAGCCGAUAAGUGAUUUUGAUAAUAAUGACAAGAUAGCAUUGAUCACGUUUGAUGAAUCUGUUUCGAUAAGCCCGGGAACUAUGGUUAACGUUACUGGGUGGGGAAAGACUGAAAAUAGUAAAGGCGCUGUAGAGGACUUGCGUCAAGUGUUGGUACCAAUUAUUUCGGAUAAGAAUUGCCGAAAAUAUUAUCCGUCUACCACUGCAAAGCAAAUAUGUGCCGGAAAUAAAGGCCACGAUUCCUGCGUGGUAAGCACUCAAGAUUUUUCUCCAUUACCUGGCAUUUGGGGCCACUUUAAUUAUUAAUUAUGAUUAAGAACGA